AAGGCAAUACACUUGUGCUGUCAGGUUCACUGCAUGCCUGCAGCCUGCACCUGCAACGCCUGGUCAGCGGCGGCACGGCCACGCGGCUUUGCGAUGGAGCACCAGAGCCGGGGGCAGGUGUCUGCUCUGCGAACCUCGGACGCGUGCAUGGGAGCCAAGAGGCACCAACGCAGAGCACGAGGUGACAAGCGGAGCAAGCGAACAAGAACGGCCGCCCCCGCCUCCGCUCAUAUCUAUCCCCUUCGUCCGGCCGUACCCGUACCGAGCCGAGCGUCGUUAACCCAGCCACGUUCCUGCUCGCGAGCGCGACAUGGAGGACACCGGCGCGGCGGCGGCGGCGAGCGGGGCGCCUGAAGCGAAGGCGGAGGAUGGUGGCCGUGCCGAGAGGCCGGUGGCCAAGGCGCUCAAGGUGGUGGCGGCCGUGGACGCGAGCGAGGAGAGCCUGCACGCGCUGUCGUGGGCGCUGGACAACAUCGUGCGGUGCCACCCGGACGCGGCGCUCGUCGUCGUCCACGCCCAGCACGCCGUCGACCACUUCGUCUACCCCGUCGCCGCGCACGGCAUCGCGUACGCGCCGCCCUUGGCGGUGGAGUCCAUGCGGAAGACGCAGGAGGAGAACACCCGGCAGAUCCUGGCGCGCGCCCUGGACAUGUGCAAGGAGCGGCAGGUGGACGCCACGGCGGCCAUCGUGGAGGGCGACGCCAAGGAGGCCAUCUGCCAGGCCGUCGAGAGGAUGCAGGCCGGGCUCCUCGUGCUCGGCAGCCGGGGCCUCGGCAAGAUCAAGAGGGCGUUCUUGGGCAGCGUGAGCGACUACCUCAGCCAUCACGCCUGCUGCCCGGUGCUGGUCGUCAAGCCGACCAAAGGGCAGGCCAAGUGAACUCCGGCCGGCGACGCCUGUCAAGUACUAGUAAUGGUAUUGGUAGCAGUACUAUGAGUAUGAGCCGUCGAUAAGUGUGAUCAAGGCAACAAGCUGUGUGUGUAUCUUACUAAUAUUUGUACAAAAAUGUACAAAGUGAAUAAGGAAUCGAUGCAUUGCAUGUCUGC